UGUUUUCGUUUUGGUUUGACGAUGUAUUUCUGUUUGCGGGUUUCGUGUAGUGAGAAUUCUAUUAUUAAGAUUGGCUUAUCUAUCAGUCGCCUUUCACAAGAAGGCAAGAAGUAACUACAUAGCCACCACGCCUCUAAUCUGACGCCGGAAUACUUUAUAUUCGUCAGGAAUUACAUUACAUCUACUCUUCAACUUUGGCACGUUUGAACUGUGAUCUUAUAAGUGCUAGUGGCAUUUUGUAAGGUCGUGGGCGUAAUUAUAACCUGUGAAGAAUUGUGUGAAGUGCCGGAAAAUGUCCGUGUUGAACAAUUUCUCUGUAUCUAUUGCUAGAUCUAUGCGCCGCAUGAACAAACCGAAAGAGUCCAUAUUCCCGCGGACAGCACGUCGAGACAGUGCAACCUCCAACAAUGAGAAGCCCAAACUAAACAUGGAAAAAUGUCUAAUCGUCUCCAAAGUUACGAGAUAUGAAUACGAAAAACACAGCCGCGACAACAUUUCCGACACAGAGCUGGAGAGGAUCAUCAGGAAGCGAGGGUCUGACUUCGAGGCUAUGAAGCAGACCCACAACGAACAGAAGGCCUUCGAGGAAGGAGUCGCUAGGAGCCUCAAGGAUAUGGGGCUUCAGGUCGAGAUGGCUAGCAGAUUAACAUAUAACGAAGAAUUAAUAAAUUGGUGCGACGUGGUGGUACCCUGCGGUGGAGACGGGACCUUUCUCCUGGCAGCUUCAAGAGUAAGAGAUGCCAAUAAACCGGUUAUAGGUUUUAAUAGCGCGCCACACAAGUCGGUCGGCCGGCUUUGCCUGCCCACCUGGUGCUCCAACGACGUCAAGGGAGCGCUACACGCGUUGAAGGAGGGCCGGUUCAGAUGGAUGCGCCGCACCCGGAUACGCACGACCGUGUCCAGUGUGCCUAAACUGUUAGACAAAAUAACGCCGGUUGAUCUCCACACAUUGCAUUAUUGUAGAUACCCUCCAGUAUCGAACAGACACGACGACCCAGAAGAGGAGUGCUGUUGUUGUCCCGCUCCCCCCGCGCCUCAGACCGCCACCUCCACUAAAGUGUUGCCAUUUCUAGCACUCAAUGAGGUGUUCAUAGGAGAGAGCGUGACGUCGCGCGUGUCUCUGCUCCGGCUGCAGAUCGACAACGGCCAGUGGACGCACACAAAAAGCUCAGGACUGUGUGUCACUACUGGGACUGGAAGCACAUCGUGGCAUUUCAGCAUCAACUGCCUCCGAACUCACUCUGUGUUAGAACUGAUGAAGAUACUACAGGAGGACUACAACGUGAAGUUGGACACGAGGCUGGAGCACGCGAGGGAAGUCGCCGAGAGGUACAACCAGAAGCUGAUGUUCCCGCCAGACUCGCCGCAGCUGGCGUACAGCGUGCGCGAGUACAUCGCGCUCGAGGAGUGGCCUGCGCCGCGCGGGCUGCGCGUGCGCAACCGCGCCUCCGCCGUCAGGGUCGAGUCCCACUGCACCGACGCCGGUCUAGUGGUAGACGGCAGCGUGUCUUUCCCAUUCAAUGAUGGCACUGAAGCCGUGUUAGAAGUACAUCCAGAAGAUUCCUUGAUGACCGUACAGAUGGACGAUGCUUUGCCUCAUUAGGUCAUCUCCAUCCUGGAGAAGGACGCUCGAACGUUGCUUAACCUUCGAUUUCUAGCAGGAAUCUUCAGGUCGUCGUGAAGCGUGAAACGACGCUUAAUCUUACUUUCUACAGUCUUUUCCUAAAAAGUCUAUUACAAUUUAUAUUGCUGUGAAAUCAUAAAGACACUGUGAGAUUGUUUACUUGUGAGAAAAGAACGGGGUAUAAACUUGUAUUGUUUUGAGACCCAUCUUUUGUAUGACGCGCCAAAAGUUGCUUACCCUGCGAGAUUGCAAUGGUGUAAUGUCUGUGAUCAAAUGGCGCUAUUUUAGUAUGCGUUGUUAUUAUAUAAUUAAUAAUUAUUAUAUAAUGUUAUUUAAAUAUAAAUCAAAUUAGUUUAAGACUGAUAUUUUAGUUUUGUAAGUUUAAAACUGUGUUUCAAUAAGUGCAGAUUGGCUAAAAAUGAUAAAAAUAAGGGCUAUUGUGCAAUAUAAUACUUUGUUGGAAAUUGUAUUACUGUAACUAUAAUAAUGUAAUAAAAUUGAAGCGGUGGUGGUGUAAUGGUUAAGACGUCUGUGGAUCCUACUCGUGCCACAUGAGUUUUAUACCAAUCUGACUCAUGUAUAGUAGUUUUCAUCGACCACUUGCUUCCGGUGAAGGAAAACAUCGUGAGGAAACCGGCACACUGGUUGAUUAACUUGUCUGGGAAAU